UUUGUCUGGAGCGAAAUGAAGCAGAUCUGGGAGGAGGGCGUCAAAGCCUACAUGAGGCAGUGGUGGAACUGGCUCGAUUUUCUCAUGCUUACGCUCUAUCUGACCACAGUAGCCCUGCGACUAGUCGCCAUCAUACUCCGGCGCACUGGUCGCUAUGGUGCAGAGAACGCUCCCAGAGACCUCUGGCCGCCGGAUGAUCCAACUCUGCUCAGUGAAGCACUCUUCUCAAUCGCACACAUCUUCAGCUUUGCCCGUAUCAUUUACCUCUUUCAGGUGAGCCGCGAUGUUUAG